CCAAGAUCUUUUAGGUUAUGAGUGUCUUGCUCAUCUGUAAACACAAUAAUUGUAGGAAACCCGUCUUUCAGUUCGGUAGGACACUUUGUAAAUUAUAACACGACAAAAUGACGAAAGUCAAGUGCUCCGACCUGCGUCUUAAGGACAAGGAAUCACUGUUGAAGCAACUUGAAGAGUUGAAGCAAGAAUUAGCCAACUUAAGAGUUUCUAAAGUUACCGGAGGUACAGCGUCAAAACUUUCCCGGAUCCGUGUUGUCCGUAAAGCAAUUCUUCGUUGUUAUGUUGUAAUUCAUCAAAAACAAAAGGAAGCUCUACGUAAAAUCUUCAAGAACCGUAAAUACAAGCCUUUGGAUUUGAGGCCAAAACUUACCCGGGCUAAGAGGCGUGCACUGACAAAGAAGGAACUUAGUGUUAAAACAAUGAAAGAAAUUAAGAAGAAGAAUAAGUUCCCCCCAAGGAUGUAUGCUGUAAAAGCUUAAAUACUGUUUUAUUGACCUUAAAUAAAAAGUCUGUUUGAUAAAAAAAA